AUGGACGAUGAAACAGAGCCGCCACAAGCACGUCCACAACAUGCGCUGGACAAGUAUAUCCCAAAAUUUGUCGAUAAAACGGAAAAACUCCAUGCUCGAGCUGUCGGAAUGAAGGUUGCAAGCAAUGGCGAGCACAAGCCCGCCGGGGGGUUCGACAGUACUCCAAUUCCUCAUGCCCCCCCUGGUUACAGCCUGAAGUUCACGUUUCAUCGCGGAAUCAACCUUCCAUGUGCGGACUUCGGCACGUUCUCGUCUGAUCCUUACGUGAGAGCUCAGUUGGUUGUCGACCUACCCCAGCGGCAUAAACAGGACCCCAUUGUAACCUUUAGGACGCCAACAGUACGCAAGAACAGAGACCCAGUAUGGGACAGCGAGUGGAUUGUUGCGAAUGUUCCUGCAUCCGGUUUCGAGCUCAAGUGCCAUGUCUACGAUGAGGACGCUGCCGACCAUGAUGAUAAGUUGGGUAUCGCAUACGUCGAGGUCGGCCGUAUCGAUGACAACUGGUCCGGUUUUAAGGAGCAAUCAUUUCGUGUCAAGAAACGACUCGGCAGCAAACGGGUCUACCUGUUUGGCAAUAUCGCCGCCUUCGCGUCGGGACGUCUUGACCUUGGCUCACAUCUUGUCAUCAGUGUGGAGUGUUUGGGUAAGACACCUGGUGAGGAGGGUGGACAGAUGUACACCGUCGGGCCCAACUACUGGUUUAAACACUUUUCCCCCUUGAUCGGGCGCCUGACAGGGACGAAAGACGAAGUGCAGAGCUCAGAUGGCAAGAAGGCAGUCAGCCGUUACAAUCUCAGAGGCCGUAUCCUCAAUCGCGCUCUCCAUCAUCAGCAUGAGAGAAUCUACAAUUUUGAUCGGACAACUCUUUAUGGUAAAUUCGAAGCGCCGUGUGUCGAACUCACUCAGAAAUUCCUUGAGUUUGUCCACCAUGCUCAGGGCGGCCGCAUAUUCACUUAUGUCCUCACACUUGACGGACAGUUCCGAUUUACCGAGACGGGCAAGGAAUUUGGAAUUGACUUGCUAAGCAAACAUACCAUGCACAGCAAUGUCUCCAUUUACAUCGCGUAUUCGGGAGAGUUCUUCGUUCGUCGACUGAAACACCGCCAUCGUCAUCAUUCUUCCUGUGCAGAACCAUCAGCGACUGAGAUUUCAACCCAAGGGCCUCAGGCUGAGGCUACUACAGAGGUAUCAACAAACCCUGGCGAUUAUGAGCUUUUCAUCGACAAUGACAGCGGUACUUAUCGUCCCAAUGGCAAAUAUCUUCCACUGCUCAAGGGUUUCCUCUCUAGGACCUUCGUUGGCCUACAUAUUACCACAUUGGACUGCCAGGAAGAUGCUGAGCGAAUGACGGAGCUGAAAAAUGAACAAAGAGAAUUUAAGAAGAAAGAGACGGGCCAAAUGACAUUCCUUCAACAACGCAGCAGUUCAUCGCUGUCGAUCUCAAGUUCAGAUGAAGAGGAGCUUGUGGAACGCAGCGGCGCCUCGUCCAAGAAACGAGGAGACUUUGCCCGGAGAGUGCAUGACAUGCGCGACGUCAAAGGCCAGGUCAUGAAAUGGGUGGAAGGGGAUGCACACAAGAACACUACAGGAAACUACAACGGCCAUAGCAGCUCAUCACAUCAGCCAUCUGAUGCCCGACAAUGA